GUUUUACUGUUUCAUGUCUAGUAGCUAGAAUAUAGACGAUGGCUGAUCAGCGUCGACGAAACUCCUUUACUGGUAGCAACUUGCCCAUUGGCACUUUACCAACACUUCCAGGGCGGACUGGGGCGUCUGGAAAUUUGCCCGUGCUUCCAAAAGUCCAAGAUGCUCCCUCAGCUAUGCAUAAUCACUUCUUGCCAGCGCUUGGGCCGAGCAUUGCAGCAGCACAAGCAGGUUCAGUUGCAGCAGCCACGGCCAGCUCCCUUGCCAGCACCAACGACAUGCUGCAGGCGAUGAAACAAAAGGCAAUGGAGCGGUCACAGGCAGUCAAGCAAAGAUCGAAAUCUGUUCCUCGGAGUGCUGGUUCGUCACGCGGUGACUCCGGCCGCACACGUCAAGGCCGCCCCCAAUUACCUGUAAGGAGGCCCGAAAAAUUGGAUCCAGAAGAAAUAACCCGAAACCUCGCUGCCAAGCUGCAGCCCCUGGAUGCGGUCACCAGCUCCCUGCUGGCCGCCGUUGAGGAGCGCAAGGGCGGCACGGGGCUGCCGCUCCUGAAAGCCACAUGCAAGGACUUUGUCGUGGGUCGAGCCACCUGCGCCGCCUCCAGUGUCGUCACCCUGUGCACCGACCGCCUAGAGUAUAAAUUCAGCCAUAACAACCAGGGACGCAUUGACAUGGUCAUGUUCACAAAGGACAUGCAGGCGCCCGAACUCGACCUCAAGUCGCUGGUUCUCAAGUUCAGAGUUGGCAAGCCGCUGCGACACUUCAUAGACGCCUACGACUGCACCGACCCAGCCCACCACCUCGCACUCACCUUCCAUGAGAAGGCGGACGCCACCGCGUUCGGCGACUCGUUGCUCAACACAUGCAAGGUGGCGGUGCAGGUUGUAAACCGGGAUGGCGGCGGCGGCGGUGGAGGCGGGGCCAGCGGCAGCCACUAGCGGCAGCAGCCGGGCGGUCAGCACCUCACCAACCUCCUCCUGAGCUGGCAUUCAAAGCGUAUUUUAGGUAGAUCCACCAGAGGCGCUGGGCAGGAGGAGGCAGGAUUAGGCAGCAGGCGUGCUUUGCAGCUAAUUGCUGGCAGCAGGUUUUAGCGCUCGUAUGGUUUCUUUGCAUGGCGUGUAUUCGGACGUGGCACAUGCAACCAUCGGACAUGUCCCAUGGGUCAUCUUUGUUAGCGCCAUGCCGAAAGGCCCCAGCGAACGUCAAGCGCUGGAUGACGUUAGCGGGAACACGCCUUUUCGUAUUAGGCGAUGCUCGGGGCAGCGUCUGCAUCAAUUACACCCCGAUUUCCCGACACAUUUAUCUGGUAGCUGCUAUAGCCUACCUAGCAUGGCUGUAUAUAUGCACUCUAGUACUAGUCCGUAUGCACACACCGCUAUACAUGGACGCUCUCUGUACAUAGCCCGUAAUCUAACUUGGGUAUUAGGCCAACCAUCCAUGACUGGCCUAGCAGCCAGUAGCCAAGCUACGAUCACCACCUAGCUGGAUGGAGAUGCGGCCCUGUCCGGAGGUAUCCUUGAUGUGGCCUUGUGCAGCCGGUGAGUGGUGUCAAGAGUACACACUGCUUGUAUGUCAUGGCCGCAUAGGGGUGUGUCCGGUUGGGUGGUGCAUCCCAAAUGCCAAACGGUCCAUGUUCCCUGUUGUAGGCAACAUCCCCAACACCCCAUCCAUUCGCUCAUAAUAGGCAACAUCCCCAACACCCCAUCCAUUCGCUCAUAACGUUGGUCCCUUGCUGCAUGCAGGCUAUAUCCUUACGACAGGAACUGUCCUUCGUUUCAAGCUGCUUGGCGUAUCCACAUUCAGCCUGUGUAAUAUAAUUGUGAUUUUGCUGUGCGCGCACCACGGCACCGGCAAACAAUUAAUAGGAACAGGAAUUCAUUUACAGCAAGCGUGA